AUGAGUGACAGAAUGCCUUCCCAGAUCACAGACGCGUCCCCGCUGGGACAGCCCUUGAAGUUCGAGUUCAGCGGAAAGACGGCCCCGAACAGGUUCCUCAAGGCCGCCAUGACCGAGCGCCUCUCGUCAUGGGACCCGGUCCACAAGGAGAAACGGGGGGUUCCCUCCAAACAACUCAUUCGCGUCUAUCAACGAUGGGGGGAGGGCGGUCUUGGGCUGAUUUUGACGGGGAAUAUCAUGAUCGACUACCAGAGUUUAGAAGCCCCCGGUAACCCGAUCAUCCCGCCUGCAGCUCCGUUUGAGGGAAGCCGCUUCGAAGCCUUCAAGGAGCUCGCAAGUCAAGCCAAAGCACACGGAAGCUUGGUCGUUGGCCAGGUCAGCCAUCCAGGCCGCCAAGUCGACCAGAGGCUCGAGUCUGAUCCGAUCUCUGCGAGUGACGUCCAGUUGGAGGGGGAGUUGAUGGGCAUGAAAUUCGCGAAACCUCAUGCAGCCUCUCUUGAAGAAAUCAAGGACAUCAUCAACCGUUUCACCCAUGCUGCCGAGUAUCUGGCCAAGGCUGGCUAUGACGGUAUCGAGCUUCAUGGCGCUCAUGGCUACCUCCUAGCACAAUUUCUCAGUCAGACGACCAACAAGAGGACCGAUCAAUACGGUGGAUCUCUACAAAAUCGUGCUCGGCUCAUCCUAGAGAUCGCGCAGUCCAUUCGUCGCAAACUGCCCGCAUCAUCGGGGUUCGUCCUUGGCAUUAAAAUCAACUCGGUCGAAUUCCAGGAGGGCGGAUUCACCGCCGAAGAAGCUAAAGAACUGUGCGUCCUGCUGGAGCAGAACGAGGUGGACUUUGUCGAACUCUCGGGUGGUACGUAUCAGUCCCUGGCAUUUACACAUAAGAGAGAAUCGACCAAGAAGCGGGAGGCCUUUUUCCUUGAAUUUGCGGACAACAUCACUCCAGGGUUGAAGAAAACAAAGACGUAUGUAACCGGCGGCUUCAAGACCUUGGAUGGUAUGGUGAACGCUCUGAAGACUGUGGAUGGCGUCGGGCUUGGUCGACCGGUUUGCCAGGAGUUCCGUAUCGCCAAGGACAUGUUGGAGGGCAAGAUAUCGGGCGCCAUCAAACAAAAGGUCGACCAAGAUGACUUCGGCCUCACCAACGUCAUUGCUGGGUCGCAGAUAAGGCAGGUCGGCAAAGACCAAGAACCGAUCGAUAUGUCGGUCCAGGAGAACGUCGAUGCCUUCCUGAAGGACUUGGGCGCUUGGGCGCAAAAGAUGGGCUCGGGUGACGCCAGCAACUAUGGGUACGUUGACAUCGAGGCUGCCCAGACAAGGCCGUAUGGGACUUCUGCGGCAUAA